ACCACUUGACUUGCAAUUUCUCUUUUUCUAUGGGCGUCAAUCCAAUCGGCCUUCUCUAAAUUCCGUAGUACUUUGUACGGAGAAUCAUUUAUCAAUUUUUUAAAUACUUCGUAAAAAAACCUUAACUCUCAACCCUGUUUUCUCUGGCUCUACUGAAACGUCAAAAUCAAGAAAUUUAGGAGCGAAAAUUGAAAUUUGAUUCAUUGGAAAAUUUCAAUGUCAUCAAAUUUCAAUGUCCGACAUUGAUUGAGGUAUAAAUUUUACCUUUUUUUUUCUAAAUAGUUCCAAAUUUUGGUAUAUAUUUGGAAUAAAAUUCGUCGUUACGGGCGCCGGUCAUCCUCUCUUGUCGAAGCUUUAGGCUUUUCUGUUCCAUUGUGAGUUGAAGCCAAGCAGCAACUAUGGGUUCAUACAAGGAGUCGGACCCGUUCUUGGGGUUCCUAACAAAGAAAGAGACAGAAGUAAAGCUAUCUCAACCCACCAGUGUCAAGAACAAGACUCCUGCUUCUAUUCAAAUCACUGCUGAACAAACGCGUGAAGCUCGGGAACACCAAGAAUCUGAAAUCCAUCCGCCUAAGCAAAAGAUAACUGAUCCAGCUGAGCUUGCUGAUUAUCGUCUUCGGAAACGCAAGGAAUUUGAAGAUUUGAUUUGUAGGGCGCGGUGGAAUGUUAGUGUGUGGGUCAAGUAUGCCAAAUGGGAGGAGUCACAGAAGGACUUUGAACGUGCUCGUUCGGUUUGGGAGCGUGCUUUGGAGGUUGAUUAUAGGAAUCACACCUUAUGGCUGAGAUAUGCAGACAUGGAAAUGAAAAAUAAGUUCAUAAAUCAUGCCCGAAAUGUGUGGGAUUGUGCCGUCUCUUUGCUCCCCAGAGUAGAUCAACUGUGGUACAAAUACAUCCAUAUGGAGGAGAUACUUGGCAAUGUCGCCGGUGCUAGGCAGGUUUUUGAGAGAUGGAUGCAGUGGCAACCUGAUCAGCAAGGAUGGUGCUCCUACAUUAAGUUUGAGUUGCGUUACAAUGAGAUUGACCGAGCCAGGGGAAUAUAUGAGAGAUUUGUGCAAUGCCAUCCAAAGGUUGAUGCAUGGAUUCGAUAUGCAAAUUUGGAAAGGAAAUAUGGGGAAGUUGCUCGAGCUAGGAAUUGUUAUGAGAGAGCUAUCGACAAGUUGGCUGAUGAUGAAGAAGCGGAGAAGCUGUUUGUAGCUUUUGCUGAGUUUGAGGAAAGGUGCAAGGAGAUAGAGCGUGCUAGAUGUAUUAAUAAAUCUGCAUUUGACCAUGUACCUAAAGGACGGGCUGAGGAGGUUUAUAAGAAGUUUGUUGCAUUUGAGAAACAGUAUGGGGACAGGGAUGGUAUUGAUGAUGCUAUUUUGGGAAAGAAGAGGUUUCAAUAUGAGGCUGAAGUUAGAAAGAACUCCCUUAACUAUGACGCUUGGUUUGAUUAUAUUCGGCUUGAAGAGAGUGUAGGUGUCAAAGGCAGAGUAAGAGAAAUUUAUGAGAGGACAAUAGCCAAUGUUCCUCCAGCUGAGGAGAAGCACUAUUGGCAGCGUUACAUUUACCUGUGGAUCAAUUAUGCUUUAUAUGAAGAACUUGAUGCAGAAGAUAUGGAGCGAACAAGAGAUGUAUACAGGGAAUGCCUUAAGUUGAUUCCUCAUGCCAAAUUCUCCUUUGCUAAGAUCUGGCUUUUGGCAGCUCAAUUUGAGAUUCGGCAGUGUAAUCUCAAUGGUGCACGCCAGGUGUUGGGAAAUGCCAUUGGGAAGGCUCCGAAGGAUAAGAUUUUCAAAAAAUACAUUGAAAUAGAAUUGCAAUUGGGAAACAUUGAUAGGUGCAGGAAGCUAUAUGAGAAAUAUUUGGACUGGUCGCCUGGGAAUUGCUAUGCAUGGACCAAGUAUGCUGAGUUGGAACGUUCUUUGUGCGAAACAGAAAGAGCUAGGGCUAUCUAUGAGCUUGCCAUAGCACAACCUGCAUUGGAUAAGCCGGAAUUGUUGUGGAAGGCAUAUAUUGAUUUUGAGAUAACGGAAGGAGAAUUUGAUCAUACAAGAGCAUUGUAUGAGAGAUUGCUUGACAGAACAAAGCAUUUGAAGGUGUGGAUCAGCUAUGCAAACUUUGAAGCAUUUGCUGGUGUGGACAAUGAGGAAUCAGACAUGCCAAAGAAUGAGCCCCAAGAACUUUUACAUGAAAAUAGGAGACUGUGUGUUCAGCGUGCUAGACGGGUUUUUGAAAAAGCUCUGAGUCAUUUUAGGAUUUCUGCUCCUGAGCUAAAAGAAGAGAGAGCCAUGCUAUUAGACGAGUGGCUGAAGAUGGAGAAAUCUUUUGGUGAUCUUGGCGAUGUUGGUUCAGUUCAAGCCAAGAUGCCCAAGAAACUCAAGAGGCGGCGGUCUCUAAUGACAGAGGAUGGUGCAGCUGGAUUCGAGGAGUAUUUGGACUACAUGUUUCCAGAAGAGUCACAAACAACUAAUUUGAAGAUGUUGGAAGCAGCAUACAAUUGGAAGAAGCAAAAAGAUACGGCUGAUGUGAAGUAGCAGGUCCUUUUUUAAAUGUAAAGACUUAGAUCUUGCAGUUAUAUCCUCGUAUGUAUACAGAAAACUCAAAACUUUGUUUUUUUUUUUUUUUUU